AGGGAUGAAGAGAAUGUAGCUUUCGCGUGAGUUACCUGGGGGUGUCUGGGACCCCCUAAAACCUUGAUCUUUUGAUAGCCUAGGCAUGUCCAGUCUUUUUGUAUCCGUAGUUACUGAAGUCAACAUUUGUCAACAUGGGGUACAAUAGGAGGUUAAAAUUUGGUACAGCUCUUACUGUACUAAUAGUUUUAUUUGCUGUUUAUUAUAGAAAUACAGAAAACGUCCUUCAAAAGCGUUUACAGGCUUUAAUUCACGGGUUAGAAAAGCUUGAGAACAAACAUGUGGUAACUUCCAGGCCGAAGGUUGCAAUAGGUUAUGGUGUCUGUACUGACGUCUAUGUUAAUGCUAAACAGUUACUUGCAUAUUCUAAAGAAAUUGGACGACCCGAACAUUUUGACGAAAUUAAGACGGAAAUAGAGCUUUUGAAAAGUUUCGCUUAUUACUUUCGUCAUGGAGCUGCUGCGGAGAGAUACAUGGCUAAUCGUACGUUGUUUGAUGCACUGGUUACCAAAGCUAGAUCAUUUCCAUCAUCAUAUUCUACCAUUGGUGGUAAUGCAGCGAUCAUGGCAUUAAGAUUUGCACAAGAGGGAUGCGAUGUUACACUCGCUGCAAAGCUGACAAGAUCUUUGCAUCAAAUGAUACCUCAAGUUAUUAAUAUUAUCGGAGGUGAGGCAAAGAGGGAUGACAUUCAUUUAGUUAUAGAAUAUAAACACGGAGAUGUGUGGGGCCCAUAUUCUAGUGCUAGAGCUAAUAGGUAUAUUGUUCAUAACGAUGCCAAUAAUCCAAUGCUUAGUUCUCUUGAUGCAUUUAAUAAGAUUUUAUCAACGUAUGACCCUCAUUUACUUGUUAUCAGUGGUUUACAAAUGAUGGAUAAUUAUCCAUUUCCAGAUGGUGAAAGGGAAACACUUUUGCUUAAAGUAAAGAAGCAGAUGGUGGAACGACCUCCAUCUACUAAGAUCCAUUUUGAAAUGGCUUCAUUUGCAGAAGAGAAGUUGCUUUUUGAAUUGUGUGAUUCAAUUAUACCAUUUGCUGAUAGUUUAGGGAUGAACGAGCAAGAGAUAGCUAAUUUACAUAAUGCGAUGUAUUAUGGGAACAUAUCUUUAGUAGCAAAUUCAACGCCGCGUAUCGCGACAGUUUUAGAUCAGAUGAGAACGUUAUUCGUACUUAUUCGUAUGAGAAGCAAAAACAUUCCUCAUUCUCGACAACUGACAAGAAUUCAUGUACAUACAUUAGCAUAUCAAGCUAUAUUUACUGCCAAAAAUACUAUGUGGAAAAAUACAAUGGGUGCAGCAGCUAAAGCAUCGUUAACAGCACAUAGACACGUAUGUGCAACGAGUCACGUUGAUAUUAGGAAAGCUGCUUUAAUUUUAGACGACAGUUUUUCAACCUCUAUCGUCGACGGUACUAGAAUUGCACUGGAUAUCGAGAAACCAGUAUCCUGUUGGGACGAAGCGUUGAAAGUAGGAAACGAAAAUAUUCCUAUUCAGGUUUGCGUUGCACCGGUGUUGGUCUGCACCGAAGCAGCUCAGACCGCAGGUGGUGGCGAUAAUAUUUCAAGCGCUGGUCUUGUGUUACAAAUAUAAUUUUUGUAUUUAAAAAAUAACUGAACGACAAUGAACUAUCGUAAUAUUCUGCUUUGCCACUCACAGAAUCAAUUAGAUUUCGGCUUAAACUUUUAAUAUUUAAAUUAUAAUUCAUUCCAUAAAAUAUCAUUCCACGUGCACGUGUUGCUUCCACGAUUGACGUUCUAUGCAUAAAUACGUAGAAUAUUUUAGUAAUUUAAAAGUUUCUUAUGGCUCAUUUUAUUUUAACGUAGAACAAGAUAAUUGUUAAAUUAGAUAAUAUUUGAAUAUCACGACAAUACUAUUUAAGAACAUUGAGCAUAUUACUACUACAUAAAGAAAAAUUCACGUUAUACACAGUGCCAUGCAAUAUUGACAUUUAUCGUGUAUUUAGUAACUUCGAAGAAAAUAAAUAUCCUGUUUUAUUAUAAAUAACUAUGCGCUUUCAGGGUGAAAUUAUGUGAUAUAGUAUUUAAAAGGUUCUGUAAAACAGUUUACCAAAACUGAAAAAUCCAAUAAAGAAAUCAAAUAGAGUUGAACAAUGCA